AUGGUUGCUUCAAAGUCUUAUACUACUCUAAUUGUCUUACAUGAUUCUUCUACUGUGUCUACACCAUAUUCUAGUGAAGAUGUCAAAUAUUUUCGUACAAUUGUUGGGAGUCUUAGGAGUCUUCAGUACUUAACUUUCAUGCGGCAAGAUAAUGCUUUUGCCGUGAGCAAGUUGUCCCAAUCUAUGCAUUCUCCAUCCUUGGUUGCUGCAAAACAGUUGCUUCGAUAUAUAAAUGUUACUUUGUCAUGUGGUCUUCUAUUUAAGAAGGGUGGUCAAAAUCCUUUAUGUCUUACUGCUUUUACUCGGAUUGGGCUGGGAGUUCCGUUGACAGGCGGUCUACAGCUUCUUCGUGAUCUUUGUACUUUCAGCCAACUACCUCCUCGCCUCUGGUGUGACAACAUGUCUGCCAUACAACUUGCUGGGAAUCCCAUCCUCUACGUGUGUAAAGAAACAAUCAAGCCCUCUUCUCCAAACCCACCGGAGCUCCGGCAUCUGCCCCUCUCAUUGCUUGAUAAGUACGCCCCUUACAUUUGCCUCCAAAUUCUCUAUUUCUUCGAGAGCGGCGGCGGCUCCGGCGGCCGGCGCCUGCUGAAGGAGAGCCUCUCCAAGGCCCUGACCCACUACUACCCUUUCGCUGACCGCCUCAAAGACGACCUCUCCGCCGUCGACUGCAACGACAUGGGCGCCACAUUCUUGGAGACCAAACUCCCAUGUCGGAUGUCGGAUGUCAUGUUCCACAAUUUACAACGAGACAAAAUCCUCAACUUGGUCUCCUCCGAUGAUUGGAUGGCAAAAGAUCAAAGAUUUGAUCCUUUGUUGUCUGUCCAGUUGACCCAAUUCCAAUGCGGAGGAGAAUCCAUUUGUGUUAUGCUGUCCCACAGGCUGGCCGAUGCUUCCACAUUUGUCAACUUCAUGAACCAUUGGGCUUCUGUCACCCGCGGCGGCACCCCGCCGCCUCCUCGGUUCAAUGCAGCGAGCUUGUUCGGGGACGCUGCCUGCGACAACGACAGCCUAAUGGCGGUGCAAGGUUCAAAAAUAGUGAAACGAGACGAGAGUAUUCUGUCGAAGAGAUUCGUAUUUGAGGGAGCCGCCAUUUCGGCCUCCGCUUUGGUUGCGGUGGACUGUCUCGAAAGGCGGCCGGCAACGUCUUUGUUGCUCACGGUGGACUUGCGAACCAACGUCGUUCCACCGUUUCCGUCGACUUUAGCAGGCAACGUAAUCUUGUUCUUCGUUGCAUCAUCAACGGCGGCAGAGACUGAGACGGAGGAAACAAUGGAGAAGCUGAGCAGUCCGAUGGAGCAGAGGUUAUAUUCAUGCACCAGCUGGUGCAGGUUUCCACUGUACGAGACGAUUUUUGGGUGGGGGAAGCCAAUAUGGAUCGCUUCGCCUUUCAUUUUGCAGAAGAAUGUUUUUGCGUGCUUGAUGCCAGAGAUGGAGAGGGGAAUUAAGCCUUGGUCAGCUUGGAGAAGACCCAAAUGGAGGCGUUUCAGAGAGAUCAACAGCUUCUUUCCUUUUGUGAACUUGACAACAAAACCUAGCUACCUAGCGCGUUCUCUUUGAUAAAG